CCCAGUACUUGAAACAAAAAUCGCUGUAUAUUGACAACCGCUAUUUCAUAGUUACAUUUUUAAUCUUCGACGCACUGAAGUUUAUGUCCUUUAUUUAUAUACAAAUUAAUUUUGUAUAAGGUAUAUUAAACAUGGCAGAAAAUGAAAAUAUGGAGUGUGAUAUAUGUGGAGGAACAGAUUUUUAUAAAGAGGCUGGAUAUUUCUACUGCAAUGAAUGCCAAACCCAAAGUCAGGAAGUGAGGGAACAUGUGUUUGAAGAAGAAAUAACAGAGCUUAAAGGAAUUAAAAAAAUUAAGAAGGAUAGGACCGAAAAACUUGACAGUAAAAUCACCAGUUGGGAAUGCUAUAAUAUCGUAAUGUCUUCUCUAACAGAUCAGUUGAUAAAUCUUGGUGCGGAUAAGGCUUUAAAAUCAAUCGUCAAAUGUCUGUGGAUGAAAUAUUUACAAAAAUUAGAAGUAUUCGACUUGGAGAUAGAUAUGAAACCAAGAUUGCAGUUGCUUAAUUCAAAGAGGGACUCGGAUAUCUUGCUAGGGGUGGGACCUAAAAAAAGAAAAAGGAAAUCCUCAGAAGCAUCAUCUGUGAGUCUUGAUUCAAUUUCAAUGAAAAAGGAACUAUCGAAAAAAAAGACAGCAUUGGCUAAAGCCUGUUAUGAAGAAUUUUCCCAAAGGUCUGCACAGGAAAGUUCUUCACUACAUAAUGAAACUUUGACAAGUCUGAAAAGUCCCUCAGAGAAAUCUGAAAAAGGCAACCAACCCAUUAAUUUUAAUACAUAUGGUGUUAAGGAGUUGAAGAAGAAAUAUAGUCAUAAAUUGGACAAAAAUAAACAGUUACCGUGUCAUAAAUUAACUUACAGGAAUUGUUCUCAGACAUACAUGAGAGGAGUCCACUUUUUGUCGCCUAUUAAAUUAUACUCAAUAUUGUAUUUGGGUCUUUUAAUUGGUAGGAGUCAAAUCCAAUUAGGCGACUUUUUGCGAUUCAUAAGAGAAGGACAUUUAACAUUCAACAAUUAUACUGAAUUAUUUCCUGAAGAAUACGCAGAAAAGUUCUUAAACAUACAGAAUAACAACAAAAAUAAUUUAUUUUCAAACAAAUCGUUUAGGAUUACGACGGCAAAAAUUGCUAUAUUUUUAAAUGUUGCCACUUACAUUCAGGUUGUCGAUUUGACCGCAUUAUGUGAAAGAUUUUGUACAGAGAUGAAUUUACCAGAUGACGUAUACGCAGCAGUGAGAAACAUAAUAUCGAAAGUAAAUCCAAAACUGUCGUUCAAUAACAAAUCUAAGAUCAUUCCAAAUUAUGAAGGAAGGGUAAUGUCGAUAAUAUUAUUUACUUUAAAACUAUUAUAUGGUCUUGAUGGGGUAACUGAAUGGGAGAUGUCGAAAUAUGCUCAGUCCGUUAAUAAACUAAAUGUAAGUAAACGAAAGAUGUUCGAUGUUAUGGAGUGGAUGAAAUAUAUCGGCUAUAGAAAUUUAUUAAUAAGUGAAAAUCAUUUUCCGUCGCAGUAUAUGGAAAGUUCAAGUGAGAUAGACAGUGAUAAAUUUCUGUCGUAUUUUGAUUCCCAAGGAAUCAAACUGGAUGAAAACGUGAAGUUAACUAAAGAAAUGGCGGGUUACAAAGAAUUAUUAACGAAAAUCGUAGAAAACCAAGACAGUAAUUACAACGAUAUAAAGUUUAUGCCAACUCUAACUCCGUAUUUAGAAUAUUCUCGGUUGUUGAAGUCACCAAAUCUUAGUCAGAGUUUUCACGACAACAGUUUGGAUUAUUUAUUAAGGCCGAACAAAUACCUGCAUUUGGUGAGCGGCGGCAACCUGCAACUGAAACAUGGUGGUGCAAAUGAUGACUGGAGAAUAGAAGAACUGAAAACAUAUAGAAAAAUGAAACUUUUAAGCAGAAAGAGUCUGCGAUUAAUUCCCGUUGAGAUUAGUAAAGAUGAUACCGAGGAGAACAUCGAUGAGGCGGUUUGUUCAAAACCCAAAGUAUCCAAAAAGAACGACCCUUUGUAUGUCCAGGAGUUAUACCACGAAUGCAGAAAACACGUCUUUCAAAAAAACGAGACCUAUGUGAAUCGGAUUAGUAAGCACGUAAAAUUAGAUAAUGAAAUAGAAAAUGUCAAAAAAUCAGAUUGUUACAAUGCCCAUUAUAUUCCUUAUGAAAGAUAUUGGUUGUACUUGCAAAUGCAUACUCACUGCAUUAAUAAGACUGAUUUUGGUACAUUCUUUAACAAACAUACAGAUACGUUUAAACUUGUCUUCAACGAAUGUGCGAGAAUAAUUGAACAAACUGCCCAAGAAUUUUUGCAUGAAUUCCAGUAUUCCGAGUUAUUUUUAGUUUUCUCUGCCACUUACGGUGAAUCAAAUAAUUUACAGCAGAAACGACAACUGUUAGACAGCAAUCUCAAAUAUUAUGUUAAUUCAGCUAAAAUGCACUGGUAAUGUUUAUAAUGAAUUUAUUUCUGUAGUUUAAUAAAAUUUUUCUAUAGUA